UCAACUGCUGACGUGCGCAUGCGCACCUGAGCAAAGGAGGAAGCGGGCGGACGUUGUGGGGCGUAUUUUCAAGCUUUUACCAUCAACAGACGACUUGACGUUUGUAGGGUUAUAAUAUUUUAUUAAGGGAAGAAUUAAGCCCCUGUUUAUGUUUUAAGAAAGCUUUGUCUAGGUUACUGCUGCGGCGCUAGAAGGUUAUGUUCCCCGGAAGACCGGAAUAACGAGAGCGUGAAGAAGCUGCGAGGACACCAUGUGGUGGUUCCAGCAGGGUCUCUGCUUCCUGCCCGCCGCCCUGGUCGUUUGGACGGUGGCGUCCUUCAUCUUCGCCUACAUCACAGCGGUGGUGCUGAGACACGUGGAUCCUCUGCUGCCUUACAUCAGCGACACGGGAACCAUGGCACCAGAACGCUGUGUGUUUGGGAUCAUGAUGGACAUUUCGGCCUUUUUAGGCAUUGCCACGGUGUAUGUGCGGUACAAGCAGGUCGAGGCUCUUAUCGACGAGAACGAGGUCAAACUCCAGCGGCUGAACUGCCUCGGCCUGGCCCUCGGCUGGAUAAGCUCCUUCGGGAUGUGCGUGGUGGCCAACUUCCAGAAGACCACCAUAUUCUCCAUGCACCUGGUGGGGGCGGUGCUGACGUUCGGCGUCGGAGCGCUCUACGUCUUUUUCCAGACGGUGAUCUCGCUGUACAUGCAGCCGCGCGUCCACAGCAGGACCCUCUACCUGGUUCGCCUCGGCGUCGGGGUCUGGACCCUGUGCAGCAUCAUCAGCAUGUUCAUCUCAUCGGUCAUCAUGUACAGCAGCCUGUCAGGAGUGGACGUUCCCCGCAAGCUGCACUGGAUCCCUGGAGAACCAGGCUACGUGGCUCAUAUCAUCAGCACUGUGUCCGAGUGGUCCCUGGCCUUCUCCUUCAUCAGCUUCUUCCUCACGUUCAUCAGAGAUUUUCAGAAAAUCAACCUGCGAGCCGUGGCGGUUUUGCAGAGCAGCCAUCUGUACGAAUGGCACCCUGCAGGCGUCGCACCUUCCCAUCAGAGCAGACCCUCCGAGACGUCUCCUCUGCUGGCAGGGACCACGUGACGCAGCGCGGAGCCGCGGCCCAAUCGGCUUUCACGUGUCGUGUUUGCUUGUUCUUAGCAAACUAGCAAAUUGUCAUUAAAUAUCCAGAGACUUUUAAAGAGGUCGGGGAACCCAAAAUCGACGCCUCUGUCUUGGACUGUGUAUAUUCAGAGAAAACGAUCCAACUCAAAGGUUUGUGUCGCCUUCGGGAAGCUGCAGGCGGGUUGCAUGAAGGUUGAGCCGCUCGCUCUGUAAGAGUCUUUGUACUGUUUUUACUGGGAUUUCCAAACUAAUAACUGUGGAACCAAACAAGCAAUAAUAGGAAGAGAUUACGUUUUUUUCUGAUUGAUUAAUCUGACGGUAAAAAUGCAAGUAUUUAUUUAGUUGCAUACAUAUCUGCACCUUCAUACAAACCCAUACUUGCUAAUAAAUAAUGCUGAUUUAUUCUGUCAUUUGCCGCUGUUGUAUGUCUUGAAUGGGUAUUUUUUUUUUUUUUAUUGUUUAAACUUUACUGUAAAGCAUUUUAACUGACCUGACAUCAAUAAUCAAUGAGAGAUUUUAGGAAGUGUUUCAAACCUGUGAUAUACAAAGGAAAAAAAACUCUUCAUGGAUAUCUUAUCAACAUGUAUAAAUGCUUUUUAACCUUUGGAGUUUUUUCUCUGAUUUUCUGAGCACAGAAUUGAGUAUUUUAAGGAUUUUAUGUUCAUACGUCAACAUUUAUGUACUAGCUUUUCAGCGAGGAUGAAUAAAUGCUUCAUGAGAAGAGA